ACAUUUGGAGGGAGGCAAGAGGAAGCGCCUCCAAGUCUCUUGGUUUAUUUUUAGCCCGUUUCUCAAAGAAGUGAGACCUGUGAUCGCAACCCAUGUGUCUUUUCUCACUUUAGUUCUGAGUAUUUGGGGGAAGAAAGGGAAUAAGGUAAAGGAGAGCGUCUCCAUCUUCCCCUGAUGCCCCACCAGUGCUCUUUUGGGCAGAAAAGCACCACCAGCACCAGGGCGGCACAGACCCUGCAGGGUCCCACCAUGGAGGUGCUGGGACGUGCUGUUUGGAGGCCUGGGUUCGGGUCUGCGUGGGCAGAAGAAGGGGUUUCUCUGUUGCCUUCAUGGUGGAUAAGUAGCCUAAUCGUUGACCUGAGGCGAAGCAGUGGCUGGAGGCAACAGCCGUACAGACUUCAGAAGAAGAGGAGCGUUGUCUGCAGAAGGUGGAAUCCUGGCUAAAACCAAGACUGAGUGAUUUUCUAGAAGAGUUGCCUCAACCACGCAGCUGUUGGGUGUGUAAUGCGAGCGCAGCAGCUUUAUAGCCUGGGUUUUUUGCCCGAUGUGCAUCGGUGCUAUGUAAGAGCCCAUCCAUUCUUGGUGUCCAUGGGCACCACCGCUUGAUCACCAGCUAAAGACGUGCUACGUUUGAGAAGGAGGGUGGGCUGGAGACCUCCCAAGGCCCUCUCCAACCCGAAUGAGCCAGUGGUCUCGCCCGGGAGGUACCACACCUCCCUCUGACCCACAGAUAGCAGCUCUUCCCCGGGUGCAUUUGCGUUGGUGGCUGCAGCGGACGUGCGAUCCGUGAGGUUAGGCGUGGGGACGGGGACAGUUCUGCUGUUUGCCGAAACGCCAGGCCGGCACGUGCCGGCACGUGUCAGCCCAUUAGUGGUGGUUGACUGCAGCUUUACUAGCCGAGAGAGCAGAGAGCGGAGGAGAAACCACGAGAGGAGAUUAAAGACCAGCGAGCAGUUUUCAUUGGCCAUCUUAAAAUUGCAGCUCAGUAAUUAAGGCUUUAGGCAGCUCACAAAUAGCCCAGCUUUCUGCCGUCUCGCUCGUAUUGUGAGCUUGUUGCCGCUGCAAGGAGCUGGACUUCAUACCUUGGCUGAAAGGGAGUAAAAGCAAAAGCCAUGCAGGGACCGAGACCAGUGGUUCUGAGUGGCCCAUCGGGUGCAGGGAAGAGCACUUUAUUAAAGAAAUUGCUUAAAGAUUACGAGAACAUCUUUGGCUUCAGUGUCUCCCAUACCACGAGGCAGCCAAGACCCGGAGAAGUAAAUGGCAAAGAUUACCACUUUGUGACCAGAGAGGAAAUGCAGAAAGAAAUCGAUGCUGGUGAAUUCAUCGAGCACGCAGAGUUCUCCGGAAAUAUGUACGGGACAAGUAAAGGUGCAGUGCAGGCUGUUCAGGCCCAGAACCAGAUCUGCGUCCUUGACAUCGACAUCCAGGGCGUGAAGAACAUCAAGAGGACAGACCUGAACCCCAUCUACAUCUCCGUGCAGCCUCCGUCCAUAGACAUCUUGGAAAAAAGACUACGUGACCGAAAGACUGAGACAGAAGAAAGUUUACUGAAGCGUUUGACUGCAGCUCGUGUAGAUUUGGAACUUAGUAAAGAGCCUGGCCUGUUCGACUUGGUCAUUAUUAAUGAUGAUUUAGAAAAAGCCUAUUCCGAAUUGAAGGAGAUACUCCUGGAGGAAAUCAAGAAGACCCAAGAAUCCAGGAAGUCCUGAGCUGAGCCCGCUUGGACGUUUUAACUUUGCACAUCAUUCCUGAAGCACAUCAUGCCAUUUUAUUCUGAGAGACAUUCCCUUUAGGCUGAUCCUCCUCCCAAGUUACUCUAGGAUGUUUCUAUUAAAAGGAAAGAAAAUGAAA